AUGAUGCUGUUUCGCAGUCUUUUGGCUGGGCUUUUGGCGACGUUGCCUUUGGCUUUGGCUCAGGAUGCUGCCAUGUCUGCGUUGGCGACACUGCCAAAGUGUGCUUGUUCAUGCACAAAUGCCCCUCUUCAAGCAGAGAUCGAAAAGUGUGUCUUGACAUCGUGUACAGUCCCGGAGGCUAUGACAUGCGACGCACCCGUACGAGAUCACCGAGGCCAAUUCGUUUCCCUAAAUGCCGUAAUGGGCACCCUAUCAGGCCUAUUUGUCCUCCAACGAUUCGGCACGAAACUCUUCCUGAAGCUACCUCUUGGCCUCGAUGAUUUAUUUAUUGUCUUUGUCAUGUGUGCUGCUGUCCCAUCUAUUGUUAUCAACGCAUACGGUCUAGCUCCCAAUGGCAUCGGCCGCGAUAUCUGGACGAUAACACCCCAACAAGUCACGAAUUUCGGCCGACUCUUCUAUAUCAUGGCUAUCCUCUAUUUCUGCUUGCAAACCUUUCUCAAGCUAUCUAUGAUUUUCUUUUUUCUGCGGAUCUUCCCUACGAAAGGCGUUCGAAAAAGCCUCUGGACCACUGUUAUUUUCACAUCAAUCUUUGGUCUGGUUUUUGUCUUUAUCACCAUCUUCCAAUGCAAGCCCAUCAGCUACUUUUGGACAAAGUGGGAUCAUCAACAUACUGGGACAUGUCUUGAUGUCAACGCUAUUACAUGGUCGAGUGCAGCAGUCAAUAUUGCGCUUGAUAUCUGGAUCUUGACUAUUCCUCUCUCACAAUUGAAAAAGAUGAAUUUGGAUUGGAGGAAGAAGAUUGGCGUGGGCAUGAUGUUUAGCGUGGGAAUUUUCGUCACCAUCAUGAGUAUUCUUCGACUUACAGCCACCAUCCGAGCGGGUACAGGCAAAGGCUCGAACAACCCGACAUGGGAGUACCUCGCUGUUACCAGAUGGUCUACUAUCGAAGGCAACGUCGGAAUCAUCUGCGCCUGUUUGCCUUCUUUCCGUAUGCUUCUCGUCCAAAUCUUCCCCAAGGUUCUCGGCACAUCUCGACGCGGUUACCAGACAUACGAUCAAUACGGCAGCAACAAACCUACGAAUGGAGGCACGAAUGCGAGCCGCAACCGCUCAAGAGCACAGCUUGGUACAACUUCUCACGUCGACAAAACACCUCCUUCACGUAUCGACCCUAUCGGCAUUACUUGCAAUCGCACAUAUGAGGUGGAAUAUGGUCAAACAGAUGAGACGCAUCUUGUUGCUAUGAAGGAUAUAGAGAUGGAUUGGCGGAGUGAAAGGUCUCAGACGUCUCAGGCAUGA